CCACGCUGACCUGGUCCCAGCCAGAUACUCAGGGUGAUGCUCCUUCUCCUCGCCAUGGACAUGCUGUGGCUGCAGUUGGGACCAAACUCUUCAUCCAUGGAGGCUUAGCUGGAAAUACUUUCUACAAUGACCUGUUCUACAUCGACACAAAUGACCUGAGGUGGGUGAGGGUAGCAGCCACUGGUGAUGUCCCUGGAGGACGAGCAUCUCACUCCUCAGCUGUGUUUAAGGACCACUUGUACAUCUUCGGUGGAAUAGGUCCAGAUGGGAUCCUGGAUACUACAUACAAAUAUGACACAGGGAGGCAGCACUGGACACUCCUGCAGUUUGAGGCCCCUAUGCCACCUGGGAGGUUGGACCAUGCCAUGUGUGUUAUUCCCUGGAGGACUGGGAGAGCUGGAGAGACCACGGAUGAGACAGAGGAUGGGACAGAGGUGCCUGUGUCAGGGGCUGACAGAGCUGAUCCCCUCCAGGAGGGUGAGGGGUGUGCUGAGGACACCACAGUGCAUCUCCUGUUGGUAUUUGGUGGGAUGGACAUGCAAGGGAAGAUCCACAGGGACUGCCUGGUCAGCCUUAUCGAGUAG